GACAUUUGUGAAAGCACCGAUGCCUCGUCUGCUCUCAGGUUUGCCUGCGUGUUAAUGUUGCUCUGCUAUUGGAAUUUGGCAGUCAACGGUUCGCGAUAAACAGAAAUUCGUGGCUAGCCACGGAGACGAUUUGAGACGCCUUUGUUUCACGUCCUUCUUCAUCCUACUCAUGCCGCCAUAAUAGUGUCUUUGAAAGAGUUAUUAUUUAUGUAUACUCCGGUGACGUUCGGUUUAUUUUUGAGGAUGCAGAACGGGCGUCGCGAAGAACGUCAUCCUCGAAUUUUCGUGAAAAUGCGGUCAUCCAGAACGAAGCGGUGGCAGAUGUUGAUUUUAUCACGUGUAGGCGGCCGGCAUUUGGGUCAUUGUCAAAAUUGUUUUACAAUUCUAUUCAAUUUUAUACCUUUUGCUUUAGUUUUCCUGACACCUGUCAAGGUAUUUGACUUGCGUGAACAUUGCCAAAGUGUCUCGAGGAUGGGAAAAGAGGCGGAGGUUAAAAAUGUAUCUCUUGUCUCACGUACAUUCCAAUAUGGCUGAAGCAGAAACAGGAUGUUACGCGUAGCUGUCAACCCGUGCAAUAUAAACAGUGCAGAAGAAGUCCGUAUCGACUGUUCUGCAAGACUGAAAUCGACAGGAAUAAUGUCUGUAACCGAAGAUAGGAUAGAGGAACUAAACAGAAGAUUUCUGGACUUCAUGAGCAAAUCAGAAAACGUCGACGCAGCUACAAAAGAGAUUUAUGAAGACCUUCUUGAUGAAGUUUUAAUGGGAUUUGUUUUUGAUGUGCACCGAACAAUCAAAACUGGAAGUUCUGAUGUUGAGGAAGGAAUACCAGAUGAUGAAUCUUAUGCGAUUGUUGAUUCACCAGGACUUGAUGUGUUUGGGCAGCACCCAGUGAAAAAGUCUCAAGAAUGCAAUUGUCCCAACUGUGACAGAGGUGUCGCAGCAUGUCGAUUUGCUACUCACUUAGAAAAAUGCAUGGGAAUGGGUCGGAACAGCUCACGAAUAGCAUCCAGAAGGAUUGCUAAUAACUCUAAAGAUCUCAGCACCCUCAGUGGAGUUAUAAGUGAUGAUGACGACGACGUUGACUGGAGCUUAAGCAAUGAUAAACGUAAAAGAAGAAAAGACCGCAAUGGUGUAAAGAAAUCAAAACAACAAAAAACCAGCCAAAGAAAUGGCGAUAAUCCCACUGAGCAUAAUCAUACAAGCAACGAAAACUCCCCAUCGAAUUAUGAAAAUAUGUCGAUUGAAGAUAAGCGUAUGUUACUCACGCAGAUAUGUGGAGUAGUUUCUGAACACACGAAAAAAUUAUGCACCAGGUCGAUGCGAUGCCCGCAGCAUACGGAUGAUCAGCGAAAAGAAAUGCGUGCCAAUUUAGAAUCUACUAACAGUAACCAUCCCAAUCAAGAUAAUCUACACGUAGAUGUAGACACGUACGAGGAAAGCGAUGGUCAAAAUUUACGUGAAGUUUUGGCAAGAUGGGAUCGUGAGGGUUCCAGUCAUUCAAGUCCUGCAGAUUCCGCCUCCACCACGUCGACGUCGUCUUCGAGUAGAAAGCGAGAAUCAAAAUCUAAAGGCAAAGGAAAAGGAUCGAAACGUGAUCGAGGAUCACCUAUUUCUCAAGGAGAUUAAUAAAUUAAUAUUAUUAUCUCCUCUUUAAAUUGUAUGAACUCUUUUAGUAGGAAGAAUUCUGUAAUGAUGUUCCUAAUCAUUGUACAAGGUUUAAUUUGUCACGUUACUUUUAACGAGCAAGUUGCCAUGCAAGAGUUUUUUUAACUUAGUUACGGUCAAAUAGCUUGAAAAUAAAUUUAAUUCUUUAGAUUAA